AUGGACGGAGCCAUCACAUCCAGCGGGUCCUUCGCCCACAACAACACUACCGCACCACAAUCCGACCGAGUCCUCCCUCUCUUCUCCCUCAAAGGUCGAACGGCUAUUGUAUCAGGUGCAGGUGCAGGUAUCGGUCUGGCUGUUGCCCACGCCCUGGCAGAAGCAGGAGCAAACGUAGCAAUCUGGUACAACAGCAACAAGAAAGCCAUUGCCGAGGCAGAAAAGAUCGAGAAGACAUACGGCGUAAAGGCCAAAGCCUACCAAGUGAACGUAACCUCCUACGACGCCGUCUCCGCAGCCAUCGAGUCCGCAAUCCGCGAAUUCAACGGUCGCCUCGACAUCUUCAUCGCCAACUCUGGCAUCCCAUGGACCCAAGGCGCCGCCAUCUCAGGCGAGCUUGACCACUACCGCAAAGUCGUCACGACCGAUCUGGAUGGCACGUUCUACUGCGCCAGAGUUGCUGCCAUACACUGGAGACGCCAGAAGAAGGAGCAGACUACGAUUGAUGGCAAGCCUUUGGAGCCUGCGUUUAGGGAGGGCAGCUUCGUGGCGACGGCGAGUAUGAGUGGGCAUAUUGUUAAUAUCCCACAGUUGCAAGCUACGUAUAAUGCUGCGAAAGCGGGGGUUAUUCAUCUUUGCAAAUCCCUCGCUGUUGAAUGGGUCGGCUUCGCGCGCGCAAACACCAUCUCGCCCGGGUAUAUCGCGACCGAAAUCUCCGACUUCGUCCCCAAGGAAACGAAGAAGAUCUGGAAGGAUAAGAUCCCUAUGGGACGGGAGGGAGAGGCGAAUGAGUUGAAGGGCGCGUUCCUGUACCUUGCUAGUGAUGCGGCGAGUUAUACAACGGGUACGGAUAUCAUUGUUGAUGGGGGAUAUUGCUUGCCUUAG